AUGGCUGAGCUAGUCGGGACCAUAGCAAGUGUUAUAACCUUUGCCGCCCUGAUCGCUCAACUCGGCAAAUCAAUCGCAACCCUGAAAGAGUGCUGGCACGAUGUUCAAUACGCGCCCGAGGAGUUAUGUACUCUGGUGAGAGACAUCGAGAUCUUCGGCUCCAUCUUGGAUGAUAUCGAGGCCGAUCUCCAGCAGGAAUCUCUGGUCGCUGCAUUGGGCAAUAGCAAACAUGCCGCGCAGAGCUAUCGGGCCUGUAAGGAGGCAGCGAAGGACAUGGACGUGGUAUGUCAGGAGCUAUUGGAAGAUUUGAGGCCGCCCGGUCAUCGAACCGGCCGCAAUGGAAAGAUGAACCGAUUACGAAGGAGUUACGGGGCUGUGAAGGUAGGGAUUCUGAAAAAGGGAAAAGUCGAGAGACUUGUUGGGAGGCUGCAAAAUGCUAUGCGGCUGCUUUUGCUAUCCCAACAGUGCUAUACACGGGCCUUGAUUCAAGUUCAACCGGAACUGAUUGCGCAGAGAAUUGCUCAAGAUACAAAGCCAACCGUCACUCAGAUAGAGUGGUCCGAAGUCAAAUAUACGCCUGUGAGCUAUAACAGAAAGGAGUCCAACAGGCUGGAACCCUUAGUCUCGACAUCACAAAAGGAGACCAAAUCCCAGAGAAGCAGAGUUCUGUGGCGUCUCAGCCUGCCAUCCUGGAUCACGGCUCAUACAUUCGAGCUAGCUGGCAUCCAAGCGCGUGAUGGCUGGAAGUGGGAUUUUCGCACGUACAAUGAGAUUCCCGAGGACUCGAAAACAGUGCAAUGCGUAGAAACUGGCGAUCUCAAAGAAUUACAAGAGUUGUUUGCUUCAAGGAAGGCUUCGCCCUUUGAUCGCGUUAGUACCACGGGCUACACUCUUCUAUUUUAUGCACACUCUGCAAACCGGGCAGAGAUUAUCAAAUUUCUUUUGCAGGAGGGAACAGAUCCCGGUCUUCAAGGACAAGGCAAAGUUGAUUUCAACACUGCCCUGAGACAUUUAGUAUGGACAGGCAACAUGUUUAGUCCGGAUAGUCGACAUCUGCUCCCUUCAAUGCGCCUCCUCUGUCCGUCAGAGGAGAUGAUGUACGAGACACCCGAAGAAGUCCUGGGUGGAAUUCUCUCGGAUUUCCAUGGCUCAGCAGAGGAAUUCCUCUUCUUCCAGCGCCAGUUUUGCCCGACAUUCUAUGACAUGCCUCAGUGGGUUCGAGUGGCAGUGGCAGCUCGCGCGACAUCCGGUAUCUGGGAUGCCAGCCAUAUGCCUGGGCUGGUGCGAACUGUUCUCGGGGAUCGGCCGUGGAAGCCUGAGAACCUGCAGCUCCAGACUUCAUGGCGGUGGUGGAAAGAGAUGACCUUGGUGCAUUGUAUUGCCAUGAGAAUUGGGGGAAGUCUGGCUGCGCUGGAAAAGCUCCAACGACAGCGCGGAGGAUGCAUAUCUAAAGAUGGAAAGAGUGAUAGAAUGGAAUUUGAGAAGCAGUUCCUCGAAGCUCUGAGCCUGUAUGAGGCCUGGAAUGCUUUGUUUCACGACCUGUUACUGGCGGGGGUGGAUCUGCAUCAUGUUGUCGGUGGGAUGACACCGUUCCUCGCCUUUUUAGGCGGGUUCGUCUACUGGUGGGACUUCAAUAACUGUGUUAUGAAAGGAUGGAAUCUUGCCAUCUCUGCUUGGGUGACUGACCUUCAAGAAGGGGGUGUUGAUCUCCAGAGGUUUGGACAAAUGGAGGAGCAAGUAUGGGAGAAUGGGUUGAUCGAACGUGAUGUCUUUUGGAGGAGGAACUGGGGAUGGCAGCGGGUCGUUGGGUUUUCUCAUGGACCAUAUCCCCGUGAUUGGAAGUUAUGGCUGUCGGAAAGAUCUGAUGGCUAUUCUGGGGAAUUCUGGGAGAUGAUCGAUGAGCCAGUCCCAGUCAUUCCAGGGGCUUGGCCGAAUACAUAG